GGUAUCAUCGAUUUAAAAAAGAGACAAUUUAAAUUUACUUGGAAAAACAAAUCUUAUAUUUUACCUAUUACAUGUUGGGAAAAGCUACAAUAUAAUAAUAGUGAGCCUAUUCCUUUAAAAAUUCCUUCUGAGUCUAAUGACUCAAAUAAUCAAACUUUAGUUGUUAAAACUAAUAAAUAUAGUGAGGAUGAAUAUGAAUCAUCUGAUGAUGAACUGGAGAAAUUCAAAGGAUUUUUAGUUAUAGGAAAUUUUGAUGAAAACCUAUACUUAAAUCAAUAA